AAUGGUCAGUCAUAUGUCAUCGCGUUUCUCAUUUUCUUUUCAGCUUUUGAAGGAACCACGGAGCUCUAUUGACGCUUGCAAAACAUUAUCUCCCGUGAAUGCAGCACGAAUGCGGAAAUUAGUAUUUCGGAAUUGGAAACAAGAUAAAAAGAAUAUAGAGGAAUCAAUUGAUAUUCUUAAAGCAGAGCUGCCAUUUUCCGCAGCUGGUGUUACAUAAUAUCAAAAAGGGAGCGGAUUUUUAUUUUAUUUUCCGCAUUGACAGAAAACGACACAGCCCCAAACAAUCGUCACGAGCCAAAGGUCAGCCAAUCAGAUGGGCGGAAGUCUAACGUUGCGGUAAUCCGGUUCAGACGUGACAAGUGCGGCCGACUGGACCUGAACUCAGUCUCAUUUUCUCCCCUGAAGGCUCCACAAACUACACUCUGCACUGUCUUGCCGCCGAGCUGGUCAUGCGUGAAUAAUGCCAUGGUGGACUGAUAUUUGUCACGAAGAGCACCGUUUGCACGGCGGGGAAAUUGGCCCUUUGCCGGGACGAGCCUUUCAGCUGAACCCGGAGGACCAAGACACCCAGAUGGGAGCGAGGAAAGCCUCUCGAAGCCUCUGGUAAUAACCGGGUCCUUGGAUACAGUUAGCCUGGCCCAGACUGCCUCGCCAAUUCCUGUUGAAAGUGAGACCCGGCCAGCCUUCACGGUGGAAACGAGAAGAAGAGCAAAGAUGAAUGCUGUGCGCGGGGGCACAGUCACCUGGCGUCCCCAGCCAUGGCAGGAUGGGGACGGUGGAGGAGGAGAGCCCCUGUCGGACAGCGACUCAGAGGAGGAGGAUUUCCCCGAUGACAGCACCACACCGCUGGGGGACUACAUAACACAUGGAUUGAAGCAACUCCUGGAUGCUCAGCAGCUGUGUGAUGUUACUCUGCUUGUUGAGGGAAAGAAGUUCAUGUGUCACAGAGUCCUCUUGGCAGCCGUCAGCCCGUACUUUCGGGCCAUGUUCACAAGCCCUCUGGUUGAGUCCCGCCUCACUGAGAUACGACUGGAGGAGGUGACGCCGUCUGUCAUGGAGACCGUCAUCCAGUUUGUGUACACUGGUGAGGCUGGGCUCUGUCUGGACACAGCUGAAGAUCUGUUUGUGGCUGCCAACAGGCUUCAAGUCAUGCCCCUUCAAGACCUGUGUUCCAGGUUUCUUUUUGAGCACCUCUCAGUGGAUAACUGCCUGGGGAUGUACUCUCUGGCUCGCUCUCACCACGACCAGCUGCUGCUGCGAGCCUCCCUGCGGCUCGUAGCUCAGCACUUCCCCCGGGUGGCCCGGCAGAAAGACUUCCUCCUCUUGGACCACGGCACCUUAGGCAGCCUUCUGAGUUCUGACCGCCUGGGGGUGGACUCCGAAGCCGAGGUUUACGAUGCCGCGCGUCGAUGGGCAGAGCACCAACCCUUGGAUCGCUACGCCCACAUGCCCGCAUUGCUUCACCACCUGCGGCCGGGACUGCUGUCUCAGGAAGAGAGCCGAAGACUGAGCCAGGAGUUGGGCCCCGCUGCAGCUGGUGAGGGCCUUGGGGGGCCUCUGAGACCACGGGAGGGCAUGUUUGAAAAAAAAAUUGUGUGCGUGGAUUUGACGCCACGGGAGGAUGAGAAUUUAGCUGCAAGAGACUACACAGUGGAUUGCUUUGAUCCUAGGACAGGGAAGUGGGAGAAGUUAGCAGCGCUGGGUUCAUUGGUCAGUCCCGGCUGUACGGCUGUAGGUGACCGGCUGUUUGUGGCGGGGGGGAUUCUGCGGACAGGCUCAGUGUCCGCAGCUGUGCAUGAAUAUGAUGCUGUGUUGGACCGCUGGAUAGAGCAGCCUUCAAUGGUCCAACCUCGGGCCAUGCUAGGCCUGCUGGGCUGUGGAGAGUCACUCUAUGCCUUGGGUGGUAGUAACCGCUCAGCUCUGCUGGACUCCAGUGAGACCCUGGAGCUGAGUACACUUCAGUGGGCUCCAGGGCCUCGGCUGCCACUCCCUCUGCGAGCCUUCGCCUGUGCAGCAUUACGUGGACGGCUUUACCUGCUGGGUGGAACCACACUUGAACAGAACCGGGCUGUGGUCCACUCGGGGGUGCUUAUUUAUCACACCUUAACAGACUGCUGGACACGUGUGGCUCUGGACUCUGGCGCCACCUGCCUCGCUGGAGGAGUAGCAGUGCGUGGAGGAGUCUGUGCCAUUGGGGGGUACAUGAGGGAUACCACAAAGUUCCUGGAUGGAAACUACACCAAUCUGGAAACUUUAGACGCCACUGGGCGUGUGCUGUUUUUCAGAGAGGGCAGGGGGUCUGGAGUUGAGAGGGAGGUGACUGGUGGAGGGGUGUUGGUCACUGCGGAGCAGCGGGGGAGUGCAGGUGGUGGAAGUGACCGAGCCCCAAGCCCUGUGGUAUUUCCCGGGCUUCCACGGCGGAUUGCAGCUGGGGGUGUGGCCAGGUGGAAACGCAGGAUUUAUGUGCUGGGUGGGGAAAAUGGUUCACGGUUCUAUGACAGUGUUUACUGUUGGAAGCCUGGCUGGCGCAGCUGGGUGCAGAGACGUGAGAAACUCCCAGGAGACACUGGAGGGGUGAGCCAGUUUGGGUGCACCACUUUAAAGUUCCCUAAGAAACACAUUCUGUCCAGACUGAGACUAGCCAAAGAAAACUGCAAGAAGGCAGCUGACUAGCUUAGUUAGUUAGCAAUGUAACUGAAGCCGAGGUAGCCGUUCAUGUGAAACAGAGAUAAGCUCCAUGCUGAGUUUGAAUUUGCUUCUCCUUGACGUGAUGAUAUGUUGGUAUUGCGAUGAGGUCACAGGGAGAGAUUAUUUCAUGGAGUCUGAGUGCAUGUCUGUAAUGGACUGGACGCACACAGAUCUUAUGAAACACUUCAAGGAUAGUCACAUUUACAGGCAGCGAGCAGCUGGAGCCAGAAACUGGUUAAAAGUCAGGCAACAAGCACCUGAAUGUAACCUAAUCCACUAUUUGUCAGAACAGUAAAGUCCUUUGAGAGAGAAAUGGGCCUUUUUAAAUUGUUUUUUAAAGUGUAAUGUUAUUUUCAGCUUUUUGCUGGUGUAAUAUUUUAAGGAUGUUUGGAAACCAUUUCAAUGCUGUGAAUUUUUUUAGACGUGUUUACUUUAGACACAAGGAUACAGGCACAUUUCUGACCAUACUGUUUGCCAUGUUAUUUGCCUAAACCUUCCUGUCUAAUGUGGGCCUCUAAAGCCCUUUGAAACUGCAAUUAAGGGCUAUACAAAUACACCAGAGUGAAAACAUAUCAUAGGAAAUACACCUAUUUUUCAUAACACUAGACAGUCUAUACAUGUACCCUAAGUUUGUUUAAAAUUAAGAGGUAAAUGUCCUGUUCUCCUUAUGUUUUGAAGCCCUUCGCUAAUUUGUUUAGGUUCUUUCUUCAGAGCACAGGACAGUCUGACCUACAUGCCCCAAGACACUGCCCAACAAUUGUGGAGCCCUUUUUAUGGUGUUACUUCACAGGCAGCCUGAUCCCUCCCAACGGAUCUCAAAUAUUGGAGGCAAUAUUUAACCAUGGACCGCAUAGUGUCUUUGUACUUGGUAGAAACUGUGUAAGUUCCAUGUUUUUAAAUGUGCUCUGAAAGUUCCUGCCACAAAAGAGUGGUGCACAGCAAUGAUAGGAAUUUGCAGGAUAGAUAAUAUGCAAAAUAUCAAAAAUGAUGCCAGAAUGCCAUCUUCCAUAUUAAUGUAUAAGCCAGUGAGUGCUUUAAGUUUGGAAUCCAUUCGUCAUUGGAUUUUGGAGAUGUUCAUGACAUUGUGCUGCAAAAACAAACUUGAACUGUCCUUUUCAGCAAGCAUUCUUACAAAGAAUCACAGUCGGCUUAGACAGACAUAGACAUACACCUGAGAACAAACAAUAAAAUCAAACAAAUUGAGGUAAAUAAUGGUCAAGACUGUAAAGUACACAAGAAUGUUUAGAAAAUGGGUAAAAAAGAAAUAAAGGUCUAAGUUUUCCGUAAGUUGUCAACAAUACAAAUAGUGCAAAGAAAUAAAUACUAAAUGAAUUUAUUCACAUGGUGUAAAUGAUUAUGUACAGUAACCAUCCACUCCAUGCAUUAAGUAUUGAGAGAGAAGGUAAAUGUACAAGCUCUUUGUGAAGAUGACUGACGGUAUCCUUGUGUCUAGACCGACGCUCAGUCCAGCACCUUCCCAAAAUCAGAGGUGAACAGUAGACUUUACUUGAUUCAGCUGUCAUGUCAAAAUGACAUUUUUUUGUUACAAUUGCUCCAGCCACAGCACUUGUGAAUGUGUUUGGCAUGGGGGCUGUGGAUUAUCUGAACACAUUAGCACUGCACCUAAUUUAUUGAGAUGUAUUCUAAAGGUUUUUGAUGUCUUGAAAUGGUAACUUUGGCUCUGAAUGCAGUGUACUUCCUGUAUGUUAGGAUGGCACAAGCUUUGACGGACCUGUCAAAUAAGAGCACAUGUGUUCAGAUGUGAAAGGGAUGGAGGGUUUUAAAGUAAAUUAAUUCUUAAAUUGUUGUCUUAUGGAAGGUCAGAAAGUUUGAAAUGUAUGAGCAUUGUUUUGCUGUAAGCCACUAUGUUUUCUUAGAUUUCUUUUUCUCCCUUUUUCCUUUCUUAUUGAUCAAAUCCAGAUACCUCUGUGGGAGAUGUGUGCACAUGGAAAACACUGCCAGCUGUGAGCAAAAAUGUCAGAAAUCUACCAUUGUUUUUACAUUGCAAACUAGCAGGUCAAAUAAAAAGUAGGGGUGAUAUUAGAGUUGUUUAGGACACCAGUUUUGGAUUUUUGCCAUUAUUGAGGCAAUCCAUGACGCUGAAGGCUUUAUGUCAGAUAGAGAAAAUGAAUGAUGAAAUUGAACGAGUUUUAUAUUAUAAAUCGUAGCAGGGAGUUACUUCACUGAGAACUUGAGUGAGUUUUCAUUGCUGCAGGCCAGAUAUUAGUUUUCAGAUGUAACAUUAGAUUAUUGAGCAACAUUCAUAGUUGACUGUAAAUAAAUCUUCAGCCUAAACCAGGAAAAUAAAUAGAGAUGCAGGAUGUGUGUCUCUAAUGGCUCUUACUGCUGAGAUAAGACUACAUGUGUCUCUCACCUGCGCAGUGGAUUAAUAAAUCAAUGACAGUCUGACAUGAGAAUUUAAACCCGUUAGAAAGAAUCCAUUUGGUGAGAUGCUGAGGCUUUUUCAUAACCUAACUUUAGGCACUGGCAGGUCGUCACAGCAACCAUUUAAAAGGCACCUCCACCAGUUUUAUACAGUAAAGUGUGUUUACAGAGAGUGACUGCUUAGGUGAAAAAAAGUAGUAUAAAGGCUUCUGCAGCUCCAGUGGAAGCUGCAUGUAAUAUGAUAAAUUUCAGUAGUCACUCAGUAGCUAAGUUGCAUUGUGGGUAAUGUGGGUAACAGGAUUUGAAAAGCAGUCCUCUGAUGUAUACUGUGCUCCUAUAACAUUGAUGGUCUCAUUAUGAACAGUUUAAGAACGGACAAAGUUACUGCAGAAGCUCCAGAUAUGGCACCUUUUGACAUGCAUUCUUCUUCCUUUUCAAAACUGCGUGACUACAUCACCAUAAUACUACAAAUAAUGCAAUUUAGCCACUGAGUGACAUGGCUGGAGAAGAUUAAUCAGAGUACAUGCAACUUCUAAAACCACAAAAGGCUUUCUACUUCUUGUUCACAUAUGCAGAAGUACACUUAAAAAACCUGUAAACGCACUUAAAUGUAUACAAUUGUUGGAGACAUCCUUUAAGUGAACGAUAAAUGUUUUAGGGAUAACUCAACAAAAGCAGCAAAAGCACCCAGUACCCACACUUCAUUACCUAAUGGUACAGAGGUGUGGGUAUCAAGUGCCUGAUACACCCUAGAGUUUCAGGAGUGAAAGAGAGGGAGCCAUUUUUAAACCACAGAGCUUAGUUAGGCUCCAAACAGGUGAGGCCAUUCCGUCAGUGCUGUGGGAGAGUCAGGUAGCACCUUAAAGACAAACACAGAGGUAGGCCAGGUACUGUAAUGUGGCCCAGGCCCAUCGCAGUAAUUAAAACGGACCACUGAAGCUGAAUUCACAGAUCUCUCCACAGAAAGGCGGUCAGGUUGUCUCAUCACUCAGCUUUUCCAUUAGCUUAUAGUGAGACCACCAACCAAUAGAAUCACAAGUACAUUUUAGUGAAUCCCCCCUCCCAUCUUGAACUUUUGUUAAAACGACUUGGCUCCUGAGAGAGCAGAAUAGUGGAACUUCCCCAAUUUCCCAGCUACAGUAACAGCACCUCCCUCACACUACUGUGUUAAAGCUAUUUCUAGCAAACACGAGAGCUCCCUCUUCAACACAGGUACCAA